ACAGCUGACAGAUGCCUACGAGUGUCUGGAUGCCAGCCGCCCAUGGCUCUGCUACUGGAUCCUGCACAGCUUGGAACUCCUAGAUGAGCCCAUUCCCCAGAUGGUGGCGACAGAAAUGUUUUAAAACUAAAAAGCUGAUUUGGAGGAGAGGAGAGGAAGAUGGCGGAAGAGUAAGACGUGGAGAUCACCUUCCUCCCCACAGAUACACCAGAAAUACAUCUACACGUGGAACAACUUCUACAGAACACCUACUGAACGCUGGCAGAAGACCUCAGACCUCCCAAAAGGCAAGAAAGUCCCCACGUACCUGGGUAGGGCAAAAGAAAAAAGAAUAAACAGAGACAAAAGGAUAGGGAUGGGACCUGCACCAGUGGGAGGGAGCUGUGAAGGAGGAAAGGUUUCCACACACUAGGAAGUCCCUUCACGGGCGGAGACUGCGGGUGGCAGAGGGGGAAAGCUUCGGAGCCGCGGAGAAGAGCACAGCAACAGGGGUGCGGAGGGCAAAGCGGAGAGAUUCCCGCACAGAGGAUUGGUGCCGACCGGCACUCACCAGCCCGAGAGGCUUGUCUGCUCACCCGCCGGGAUGGGCAUGGGCUGGGAGCUGAGGCUCGGGCUUCGGUGCUUAGAUCCCAGGGAGAGGACUGGGGUUAGCAGCGUGAACACAGCCUGCAGGGGGUUAGUGCACCAUGGGCUAGCCGGGAGGGAGUCUGGGGAAAAGUCUGGACCUGCCGAAGAGGCAAGAGACUUUUUCUUCCCUCUUUGUUUCCUGGUGCGCGAGGAGGGGGGAUUAACAGCGCUGCUUGAAGGAGCUCCAGAGAUGGGCGCGAGCCGCGGGUAAAAGCGUGGACCCCAGAGACAGGCAUGAGACGCUAAGGCUGCUGCUGCCACCACCAAGAAGCCUGUGUGCAAGCACAGGUCACUCUCCACAUCCCCUUCCGGGGAGCCUGUGCAGCCUGCCACUGCCAGGGUCCCGGGAUCCAGGGACAACUUCCCCAGGAGAACGCAAGGCACGCCUCAGGCUGGUGCAACGUCACGCCGGCCUCUGCCGCCGCAGGCUCACCCCGCACUCCGUACCCCUCCCUCCCCCCGGCCUGAGUGAGCCAGAGCCCCCGAAUCAGCGGCUCCUUUAACCCCGUCCUGUCUGAGUGGAGAACAAACGCCCUCCGGCGACCUACAUGCAGAGGCGGGGCCAAAUCCAAAGCUGAGCCCCGGGAGCUGUGCGAACAAGGAAGAGAAAGGGAAAUCUCUCCCAGCAGCCUCAGAAGCAGCGGAUUAAAGCUCCACAAUCAGCUUGAUGUACCCUGCAUCUGUGGAAUACCUGAAUAGACAACGAAUCACCUCAAAUUGAGGAGGUGGACUUUGAGAACAAGAUUUGUUAUUUUUUCCCCUUUUCUUUUUGUGAGUGUGUAUGUGUAUGCUUCUGUGUGAGAUUUUCUCUGUAUAGCUUUGCUUCCACCAUUUGUCCUAGGGUUCUAUCCGUCCGUUUUCUUUUUCUUUAAAAAAAUUUUUUUCUUAAUAUUUUUUAUUUUAAUAACUUUAUUUUAUUUAAUCUUACUUUAUUUUAUUAUAUUUUAUCUUUUCUUUCUUUCCUUCCUUCUCUCCUCCCUCCCUCCCUCCUUUCUUUCUUUCUUCCUUCCUUUCUUCCUUCCUUCCUUUCUUUCUUUUCUUUCUUUUCUUUCUUUCUUCUUUUUCUCCCUUUUAUUCUGAGCCGUGUGGAUGAAAGGCUCUUGGUGCUGCAGCCAGGAGUCAGUGCUAUGCCUCUGAGGUGGGAGAGCCAACUUCAGGACACUGGUCCACAAGAGACCUCCCAGCUCCACAUAAUAUCAAAUGGCGAAAAUCUCCCAGAGAUCUCCAUCUCAAUACGAACACCCAGCUUCACUCAACGACCAGCAAGCUGGAGUGCUGGACACCCUAUGCCAAACAACUAGCAAGACAGGAACACAACCCCACCCAUUAGCAGAGAGGCUGCCUAAAAUCAUAAUAAGUCCACAGACACCCCAAAACACACCACCAGACGUGGACCAGCCCACCAGAAAGACAAGAUCCAGCCUCAUCCACCAGAACACAGGCACUAGUCCCCUCCACCAGGAAGCCUACACAACCCACUGAACCAACCUUAGCCACUGGGGACAGACACCAGAAACAACGGGAACUACGAACCUGCAGCCAGCAAAAAGGAGACCCCAAACACAGUAAGAUAAGCAAAAUGAGAAGACAGAAAAACAUACAGCAGAUGAAGGAGCAAGAUAAAAACCCACCAGACCUAACAAAUGAAGAGGAAAUAGGCAGUCUACCUGAAAAAGAAUUCAGAAUAAUGAUAGUAAAGAUGAUCCAAAAUCUUGGAAAUAGUAUAGACAAAAUGCAAGAAACAUUUAACAAGGACCUAGAAGAACUAAAGAUGAAACAAACAAUGAUGAGCAACACAAUAAAUGAAAUUAAAAAUACUCUAGAUGGGAUCAAUAGCAGAAUAACUGAGGCAGAAGAACAGAUAAGUGACCUGGAAGAUAAAAUAGUGGAAAUAACUACUGCAGAGCAGAAUAAAGAAAAAAGAAUGAAAAGAACCAAGGACAGUCUCAGAGAACUCUGGGACAACAUUAAACGUGCCAACAUUCGAAUUAUAGGGGUUCCAGAAGAAGAAGAGAAAAAGAAAGGGACUGAGAAAAUAUUUGAAGAGAUUAUAGUUGAAAACUUCCCUAAUAUGGAAAAGGAAAUAGUUAUUCAAGUCCAGGAAGCAUAGAGAGUCCCAUACAGGAUAAAUCCAAGGAGAUAUAUGCCAAGACACAUAUUAAUCAAACUGUCAAAAAUUAAAUACAAAGAAAACAUAUUAAAAGAAGCAAGGAAAAAAAAAAAAAAGCAAGGGAAAAACAACAAAUAACACACAAGGGACUCCCCAUAAGGUUAACAGCUGAUCUUUCAGCAGAAACUCUGCAAGCCACAAGGGACUGGCAGGACAGAUUUAAAGUGAUGAAGGAGAAAAACCGGCAACCAAGAUUACUCUACCCAGCAAGGAUCUCAUUCAGAUUUGAUGGAGAAAUUAAAACCUUUACAGACAAGCAAAAGCUGAGAGAGUUCAGCACCACCAAACCAGCUUUACAACAAAUGCUAAAGGAACUUCUCUAGGCAAGAAACACAAGAGAAGGAAAGGACCUACAAUAACAAGCCCAAAACAACUAAGAAAAUGGGAAUAGGAACAUACAUAUCGAUAAUUACCUUAAAUGUAAAUGGACUAAAUGCUCCCACCAAAAGACACAGAUUGGCUGAAUGGAUACAAAAACAAGACCCAUAUAUAUGCUGUCUACAAGAGACCCACUUCAGACCUAGAGACACAUACAGACUGAAAGUAAGGGGAUGGAAAAAGAUAUUCCAUGCAAAUGGAAACCAGAAGAAAGCUGGAGUAGAAAUUCUCAUAUCAGACAAAAUAGACUUUAAAAUAAAGACUAGUAGAAGAAUCAAAGAAUCAAAGAAUCAUAAUGAUCAAGGGAUCAAUCCAAGAAGAAGAUAUAACAAUUGUAAAUAUUUAUGCACCCAACAUAGGAGCACGUCAAUACAUAAGGCAAAUACUAACAGCCAUGAAAGGGGAAAUCGACAGUAACACAUUCAUAGUAGGGGACUUUAACACCCCACUUUCACCAAUGGAAAGAUCAUCCAAAAUGAAAAUAAAUAAGGAAACACAAGCUUUAAAUGAUACAUUAAACAAGAUGGACUUAAUUGAUAUUUAUAGGACAUUCCAUCCAAAAACAACAGAAUACACAUUUUUCUCAAAUGCUCAUGGAAUAUUCUCCAGGAUAGAUCAUAUCUUGGGUCACAAAUCAAGCCUUGGUAAAUUUAAGAAAAUUGAAAUUGUAUCAAGUAUCGUUUCCGACCACAACGCUAUGAGACUAGAUAUCAAUUACAGGAAAAGAUCUGUAAAAAAUACAAACACAUGGAGGCUAAACAAUACACUACUUAAUAACGAAGUGAUCACUGAAGAAAUCAAAGAGGAAAUUAAAAAAUACCUAGAAACAAAUGACAAUGGAGACACGACAACCCAAAACCUAUGGGAUGCAGCAAAAGCAGUUCUAAGAGGGAAGUUUAUAGCAAUUCAAUCCUACCUUAAGAAACAGGAAACAUCUCGAAUAAACAACCUAACCUUGCACCUAAAGCAAUGAGAGAAAGAAGAACAAAAAACCCCCAAAGUUAGCAGAAGGAAAUAAAUCAUAAAAAUCAGAUCAGAAAUAAAUGAAAAAGAAAUGAAGGAAAUGAUAGCAAAGAUCAAUAAAACUAAAAGCUGGUUCUUUGAGAAGAUAAACAAAAUUGAAAAAGUAUUAGCCAGACUCAUCAAGAAAAAAAGGGAGAAGACUCAAAUCAAUAGAAUUAGAAAUGAAAAAGGAGAAGUAACAACUGACACUGCAGAAAUGCAGAAGAUCAUGAGAGAUUACUACAAGCAACUCUAUGCCAAUAAAAUGGACAACCUGGAAGAAAUGGACAAAUUCUUAGAAAUGCACAAUCUGCCAAGACUGAAUCAGGAAGAAAUAGAAAAUAUGAACAGACUAAUCACAAGCACUGAAAUUGAAACUGUGAUUAAAAAUCUUCCAACAAACAAAAGCCCAGGACCAGAUGGCUUCACAGGCGAGUUCUAUCAAACAUUUAGAGAAGAGCUAACACCUAUCCUUCUCAAACUCUUCCAAAAUAUAGUAGAGGGAGGAACACUCCCAAACUCAUUGUAUGAGGCCACCAUCACCCUGAUACCAAAACCAGACAAGGAUGUCACAAAGAAAGAAAACUACAGGCCAAUAUCACUGAUGAACAUAGAUGCAAAAAUCCUCAACAAAAUACUAGCAAACAGAAUCCAACAGCACAUAAAAGGAUCAUACACCAUGAUCAAGUGGGGUUUAUUCCAGGAAUGCAAGGAUUCUUCAGUAUCAAUCAACGUGAUACACCAUAUUAACAAAUUGAAGGAGAAAAACCAUAUGAUCAUCUCAAUAGAUGCAGAGAAAGCUUUCGACAAAAUUCAACACCCAUUUAUGAUAAAAACCCUCCAGAAAGUAGGCAUACAGGGAGCUUUCCUCAACAUAAUAAAGGCCAUAUAUGACAAACCCACAGCCAACAUCAUCCUCAAUGGUGAAAAACUGAAAGCAUUUUCACUAAGAUCAGGAACAAGACAAGGUUGCCCACUCUCACCACUCUUAUUCAUCAUACUUUUGGAAGUUUUAGCCACAGCAAUCAGAGAAGAAAAGGAAAUAAAAGGAAUCCAAAUCGGAAAAGAAGAAGUAAAGCUGUCACUGUUUGCAGAUGACAUGAUACUAUACAUAGAGAAUCCUAAAGAUGCUACCAGAAAACUACUAAAGCUAAUCAAUGAAUUUGGUAAAGUAGCAGGAUACAAAAUUAAUGCACAGAAAUCUCUUGCAUUCCUAUACACAAAUGAUGAAAAAUGAAAGUGAAAUCAAGAAAACACUCCCAUUUACCAUUGCAACAAAAGAAUGAAGUAUCUAGGAAUAAACCUACCUAAGGAGACAAAAGACCUGUAUGCAGAAAAUUAUAAGACACUGAUGAAAGAAAUUAAAGAUGAUACAAAUAGAUGGAGAGAUAUACCAUGUCCUUGGAUUGGAAGAAUCAAAAUUGUGAAAACGACUCUACUACCCAAAGCAAUCUACAGAUUCAAUGCAAUCCCCUAUCAAACUACCACUGGCAUUUUUCACAAAACUAGAACAAAAAUUUCACAAUUUGUAUGGAAACACAAAAGACCUCAAAUAGCCAAAGCAAUCUUGAGAACGAAAAACGGAGCUGGAGGAAUCAGGCUCCCUGACUUCAGACUGUACUACAAAGCUACAGUAAUCAGGACAGUAUGGUACUGGCACAAAAACAGAAAGAUCAAUAGAACAGGAUAGAAAGCCCAGAGAUAAACCCACGCACAUAUGGUCACCUUAUCUUUGAUAAAGGAGGCAGGAAUGUACGGUGGAGAAAGGACAGCCUCUUCAAUAAGUGGUGCUGGGGAAACUGGACAGGUACAUGUAAAAGUAUGAGAUUAGAUCACUCCCUAGCACCAUACGCAAAAAUAAGCUCAAAAUGGAUUAAAGACCUAAAUGUAAGGCCAGAAACUAUCAAACUCUUAUAGGAAAACAUAGGCAGAACACUCUAUGACAUAAAUCACAGCAAGAUCCUUUUUGACCCACUUCCUAGAGAAAUGGAAAUAAAAACAAAAAUAAACAAAUGGGACCUAAUGAAGCUUCAAAGCUUUUGCACAGUAAAUGACCAAAAGACAACCCUCAGAAUGGGAGAAAAUAUUUGCAAAUGAAACAACUGACAAAGGAUUAAUCUCCAAAAUUUAUAAGCAGCUCAUGCAGCUCAAUAACAAAAAAACAAACAACCCAAUCCAAAAAUGGGCAGAAGACCUAAACAGACAUUUCUCCAAAGAAGGUAUACAGACUGCCAACAAACACAUGAAAGAAUGCUCAACAUCAUUAAUCAUUAGAGAAAUGCAAAUCAAAACUACAAUGAGGUAUCAUCUCACACCAGUCAGAAUGGCCAUCAUCCAAAAAUCUAGAAACAAUAAAUGCUGGAGAGGGUGUGGAGAAAAGGGAACACUCUUGCACUGCUGGUGGGAAUGUGAAUUGGUACAGCCGCUAUAGAGAACAGUAUGGAGGUUCGUUAAAAAACUACAAAUAGAACUAUCAUAUGACCCAGCAGUCCCACUACUGGGCAUAUACUCUGAGAAAACCAUAAUUCAAAGAGAGUCAUGUACCACAAUGUUCAUUGCAGCUCUAUUUACAAUAGCCCGGAGAUGGAAACAACCUAAGUGUCCAUCAUCGGAUGAAUGGAUAAAGAAGAUGUGGCACAUAUAUACAAUGGAAUAUUACUCAGCUAUAAAAAGAAAUGAAAUUGAGCUAUUUUUAAUGAGGUGGAUGGACUUAAAGUCUGUCAUACAGAGUGAAGUAAGUCAGAAAGAGAAAGACAAAUACCGUAUGCUAACACAUAUAUAUGGAAUUUAAGAAAAAACAAUGUCAUGAAGAACCUAGGAGUAAGACAGGAAUAAAGACACAAACCUACUAGAGAAUGGACUUGAGGAUAUAGGGAGGGGGAAGGGUAAGCUGGGACAAAGCGAGAGAGUGGCAUGGACAUAUAUACACUACCAAAGGUAAAAUAGAUAGCUAGUGGGAAGCAACCACAUAGCACAGGGAGAUCAGCUCGGUGCUUUGUGACCACCUAGAGCGGUGGGAUAGGGAGGGUGGGAUGGAGGGAGACACAAGAGGGAAGAGAUAUGGGAACAUAUGUAUAUGUAUAACGGAUUCACUUUGUUAUAAAGCAGAAACUAACACACCGUUGUAAAGCAAUUACACUUCAAUAAAGAUGUUAAAAAAAAGAAAAGCUGAUUUGUCCUGAUUGCAAGAACCACUUGAUAGUUAAUGACCAAAAUUUUCUGUUUCACAGCCAACUUAAAAGCUUUACCUAUGGUUCUUCUGAGCAUUGAUUUAACAGACUUUUAAAGAAUUACUUUGACUUUCCAAUAAUGUACUUUGUUCUGUGCCUAGCAGGUAGUUAAUUCUAGGUGCAGAUAAUAUUUGUAAUGAACAGAGCCUAGUAGCUCUGGCUUAUAAGGGAAUAAACUAUUUUUAGUAAGAAAGAGAAAUCUUAAUGACUUCUAUAAAAAUAUGGAGAUUUUUUUUUAAAAAAGACUACCUGAUUUUGGAUGUUGCCUUUUUAUUUAUUUUGCACAGGGAAAAGAAAUGCUUUGAAAAUGUGUUUAGGUUUUUUUUGUUUCCCUCGUCUUUAUACAAAUAUUAAGGUGACCUAGAGGUUGAGUUUAGCUCUAGAGUUUAGUUAUUUUUCUGCUGUCCUCUCUUCCCCCUCCCCAGCCUAGUGUGCAACACACUCUCACACACACACACACACACACACACACGUACGCAAGUUUCUCUCUCUUUCCUAUUUUGUUCACUGUUGUACUUCUGUUUGUUCUGGGAACAAUAUGACAAGCUGAGUUCCCUCUAGUGGACAAAACCACUUUUGUCAGCUACUGUGACUGCUGACCAAAGCCAGCAAGGCCAGGCUUUUACUGCUGGUAUCAGACCUUUCAAGAAUAAUAUAUUCAUAGGUAGGAAUUUAGUGUGACUCUCUUAAGAGAUUGUAUCCACAAAUUUAUGCAUGUGUUUACCUAAAAUAAAUUAAUAUUUUGGAACCAUACUAAGUGCAUUUGCUUUGUUAAUGAUUUUGGAACUAAAGGAAGCAUCUUUUAAUGAGAAUCUCAUGCGUUGUUAUUGAAUGCUAUGUUAAUGAAACAGAGUAAAAUGAAAACCACAGGGAAACUACUGUACUGUUAGGUCUUUUAGCUUUUGUAAGAUCUGAAAAUUAUCUUUAACUUAAAAAUUGUUUUAGGACUUUUCCACUUGUAAAGUUUUUCUAAAGAUUAAAUUUAAAUUUUCAUGUGUCAGUGUUUUAUUAUUUCCCUUUUGAAAGGUUAUUAGUUGCUUGUCCCCUGGCUAGCUCCUGAAAUAUCUUUCCUUUUAAAUUUAAUUUGUUGCCUUAUCUUUCAGGGAAGAUACCUUUCGUGGUCAUUUGUCUUCUGGGCAUUUUUUGGCCAGGUGCUGCUGGCAUCUAGCAGGUGGAGGUUGGGGAAGCUGCUAAACAUCCUCCACAGGACAGUCCCCGCAACCAAGAAUUAUCCAGUCCAGAAUGUCAGUAGUGCCACGGUGGAGAACCCCUGCUCUAAAAUAACCAACUUUAGAUUGACCACACUUCCAAAACAGCAGGACACCAGGCAUCGCCUCUUGAUGAAAUCAGAGAACCUGUCGUCCUCCCCAGGGCGACACUGGCCUCCUGGAAUCAACAGGAGAGCCUGCUUGUCUUUCCCCUGUUCAAUGCUCUCCUCUGCCAGGGAAGGAGUUUUCCUCUCCCUUCUGUCAGCUGAAGCUGUCUUACAGUAUGAAAAUCGGAAGACCUAACAUAGAUGUUUUAGCCUGAUGUCAAGUCAUCCAUCCUGCCUUUGCAUCUGCUCCUAAGUUAUCUGUUCAAGAAUGACUGUGCCUAUUUCCAAAGCUAUCAUCUUUCUAACUUAUUCUAGGCCUUAAGUCUAUCUGUGGUAACCUGUCUGGUGCUGAAGGUUUUCUUAAAUCUAACCUAAAUUAUUCUUGCUGCAGAUUAGCUUCAAUUUUUUUGUUUGUUUGUUUUGUUUUUUUAUGGUACGCGGGCCUCUCACUGCUGUGGCCUCUCCCGUUGCGGAGCACAGGCUCCGGACACGCAGGCUCAGCGGCCAUGGCUCACGGGCCCAGCCGCUCCGCGGCAUGUGGGAUCUUCCCGGACCAGGACAUGAACCCAUGUCCCCUGCAUCGGCAGGCGGACUCUCAACCACUGCGCCACCAGGGAAGCCCCAAUUUUUGUUUCUUUACUAGAAAGUUUGCAUAAUUACCCUUUGUAUACUUGAGGUAUUUUGCUGAGUAGCUUCCACACUGUGGUUUUCUCUAAUGGUAAGCCUUUUAAUCCCUUUGAUACUUAGCCAUUUUUACAACUCUAUUCUGAAAUUCCUUUGAGUUGGAAAAUGGAGGCUUGAGCCAGAUAUAGUUUUGACCAAUACUGUGUAUAUGAUGCUUUGAAAAAGCAUUUUCUGUAUUGUUUACAAGUCGUGGGCCCUAACCUCUGGUCCUUUUUCUGCUGUGUUCCUAGUUAUUUCUUAUAUUUAUACGCUUUAUAUGCUUUAUCCCCUACUCCUGCCAUCUCUGAGUAUAUUACUUGCUUCUUACACCUGUUUCACUUGUUUUAUUCUUAUUGGCUUCUGAUUUGUUUUAUAUUAUUCUGGACUUUCACUCCUUGGAGGGUUUCCCUGCUCGUUAUGUAUUAUUUGCUUAUAUACUAUGCAUGCUUUUGAGUCCUCCAUCCACACGGGUGACAGUGAUGUCCAGAAUAACCACCGUAAGGCAGUCCUCAACCAUCCCCUAAAAGUCCAAGUAAAUCAUCGAUAAUCUUGCUUUGAACUUCAUCCUCUUACAGGUUUUACAUACUUUUCAAUAGCUGGAUGAUAAAGCAGUGGUGUCCAAUAGAACUUAACAAGGUCAUGGAAAUAGUCUAUGUUUUAUUGCAGCCCCUAGCCACAUGUAGCUGUUGAGCAGUUGCAAUGUGGCUUGUGUGACUGAGGAGCUUAAUUUUAAAUUUAAUUAAUUUAAAUUGAAAUUUCAAAAAGCCUCAUGUGGCUAGUGGCUACCUAUUGGACAGUGCAGAUGUAUCACAUUGCUACCCAAAAUGUGGUCCUCAGACCAGCAGCAUUGCCAUCACCUGGGAGCUUGCUAGAAAUGCAGAAUCUCGGGUCCCUUUAGUUCUACUGAAUUAGGUCUGCAGUUUGACAAGAUCCUCAGGUGACUUCCACGGCACACUCGAGUUUGAGAAGCACUGAUACUUGGCUGUACAUUGGAGUCACAUGGGGAAUUUUUAAAACUAUUGCCACUUGGGCCCACCCUCAGCGACUCUGAUUUAAUUGGUAUUAGGUGUGGCCUGGGCUUGGGUUUUUUUUUUUUUUUUUUUUUUUUUUUUUUUUUAAAACAUCCCCAAAGUGAUUCUAAUUAUACAGCAAAGACUUGUGGUAUUCAAACUUCGUGUGUAUCCACAUCACCUGGGAAUUUGGUAGAAAUACAGAGGCCCAGCUCUUUCCUGCUUCAGCAGGUCUGGGUCCUUUAUUAGCCCUCCAGCGAUUCUGAUCUCCACAUUUGGGGUUUUUAAAUUCCUGAUCUGGAAGAUAGUUUCCCACUUUGUUGGAAGUCGUCAUGUAAGUGAGAAUGAAAUGCCUUGCUGACUUGAAAGAAAAUUGAUCUACUAGAUCUUUCAGUCAUAUGACUAAAUGAGUGAUUUAUGAAGACUUGUUUUUCACAAAGUGUGCCACUCUUGGUGUUUGCUCAGUGUUUCCCGUGUGUGAUUUUUAAAAUUAGUUGGUGAAUUUCUGGUCUCUAAGACAAGUUUUUCUUCCCCUUUGGACCGUUAGAAGUAUCAUUCACAUUUUGCUUUUCAGAAUUGCUAGGAGUUCUGCUCACGACAGCUGGUAGCUUCACUGUCAGUUUGCCAGUUCCUUAAGGUACAAUUUGGAAAGACUCUGGAUCAGAAUGUUCUAUAGUACAGAAGCGUCUCAGACUCAAGAAGAGCCCAACCCCUGUUCCCCACAUAGCCCUCAGUCAGUCAGAUGCAGCCUGUCAGCUGGGGGCAGUUGGUGUGGAGGGGUGAUUUAAUGGUGUCUCUGGUACAUUCAGAUCCCGGCCCAUUCCAGACUUCAGGCUACAGGGUCAGGAGUGUUGCAUUUGCCGUAAGUCUGUCAUGGGAGCUGGGGAAGGGAAUGGAUAACUAGAUGACUCUUUUCCUUUUUUAAAAUGUGCUGUUAAGUUUUAUGUCAGCCAAAAAACUUUAUUUUUGUGAUCAGGAAA